AUGCUCCAGCCGGCACUGAAAAGCUACACUAGGUUUGCCAAGGACGAAAGGCCCCGCCCGGCCCGCGCCACACAGGUCACCUACGCAGACUGCAGUCCUGGAGCCACCACGUGCGUCGCUGAGCCACGGAGGGCAAGACCGAUGCCACGCCGUUACAGAGACAGGCCCCAGCUAGGUGGGAGGCGAAGCCUUGGAAAGGGUGACGGCAGGGAAGCCGGAAGUGACGCACAGUCGCGAGGAACUGGAAAUGACCGCAGCACGCCGGAUGUUUACUUGUUUCCAAGGCGACGGCUCCUCCACCACUCCAACCAGGUGGCCCGAGUCGGGACGCUGGAAAGCGACUCGGAGGAGAGGGCCCCCGCCGACGGCGGUUGCCGCCACAGCGACUCGGGGGGAGCAGCGGCCGAAGACGGCGGCCGCCGCAUUAGCCGUGGCGUGUGGAGGAUAAACGGCCAACACGGCCAUCGCGGCGGCCCGCCGGGGGAGAGGGUUAGCGAGGACUGGGAAAGAAGCCGGGAAGACGGCGACCACCGCUGCAGGGGCUCCCCGGGAAGAGGGAGCGAAGACGUCGGCUUCUCCCGCCGUGACUCGAGGAGGGUCAGCGAGGGCCUGGGCCACCGCCGCAGUGUCUCUCGGGAGGGGGUCAGGGGAGAUGGUGGCCACCGUCCCGGCCCCUCUUGCGAGAGAGUACGGGGAGACCGCAACGACGGGAAUUUAAGUGAAGUCGGCGGCCCCCGCGUCGGUGGCUCUGUGGAGCGAGGGAGUGUUGUUGGCGGCCCCAGCCUCAGUAGUUCCUGGGAGGGAGUAAGUGAAGACCGCGGCUACGCGGCCAGCGACUCCUCCGGGGUGAGUGGCGGCGAAGACGCCAGCCGCCGCCUCUGUGGCUUCUGGGAGAGAGACAGUGAAGACGAAGGUUUCCGCUGCAGGGGCUCCUGCGAGAGAGCCCGGGUGCGCGGCGGCCCCGGUCCUGGCGACGACGACGAAGACGGCCCCCGCAGUGGCUCGUGGGUGACAGCCAGUGAAGACCGCCGCAGCAGCAGGGGCCUGGACUCAACCCCUCUCCGGAGGGAGCGCAGCAUGCCCGGGGUGCCGGGUUCGGGCCCUUCCACCUCUUCUGCGGAGACUGCAACCCCCGGUGUGAGGAAGAAGGUGCAUUUUGGUAGCAUACAUGAUGCAAUACGAGCGGGAGAUGUAAAGCGGCUUUCAGAAAUAGUGGAACGUGGAGCCAGCAUUAAUGAAGUUGACAUUCUCCAUAAAUUUACCCCUUUACAUUGGGCAGCCCAUUCUGGAAGUUUGGAGUGUCUUCAUUGGCUCCUCUGGCAUGGAGCUGACAUUGCACAAGCAACUACAAGAGGUUGGACAGCAGCUCACAUAGCUGCAAUCAGAGGUCAGGAUGCUUGUAUGCAGGCUCUUAUAAUCAAUGGAGCAAAUCUGGCAGCUCAAGAUGAUCGGGGAUGCACCCCUUUGCACCUUGCUGCAACACACGGACAUUCUUUCACUUUACAAAUAAUGCUCCAAAGUGGAGUGGAUCCCAGUGUGACUGAUAAGCGAGAAUGGAAACCCGUACAUUAUGCAGCUUUUCAUGGGCGGCUUGGCUGUUUGCAACUUCUAGUUAAAUGGGGAUGUGGUAUAGAAGAUGUGGACUACAAUGGAAACCUUCCAGUUCACUUAGCAGCCAUGGAAGGCCACCUUCACUGUUUUAAAUUCCUACUCAGUAGAAUGAGCAGUGCAACACAAGCUUUAAAAGCCUUCAAUGAUAAUGGAGAAAAUGUGUCGGACCUGGCCCAGAGGUUCUUUAAGCAGAACAUUUUACAGUUUAUCCAAGGGGCUGAGUAUGAAGGAAAUGAUCCAAAAGAUCAGGAAACUUUAGCAUUUCCAGGUCAUGUGGCUGCCUUUAAGGGUGAUUUGGAAAUGCUUAAGAAAUUAAUAGAAGAUGGAGUAAUUAAUAUUAAUGAACGUGAUAAUAAUGGAUCAACUCUUUUGCAUAAAGCUGCUGGACAAGGCCACAUAGAGUGUUUGCAGUGGAUAAUUAAAAUGGGAGCAGACAGUAAUAUUACCAACAAAGCAGGAGAGAAACCUAGUGAUGUGGCUAAGAGGUUUGCCCAUUUAGCAGCAGUAAAGCUAUUAGAGGGCCUACAGAAGUAUGAUAUUGAUGAUGAGAAUGAAAUUGAUGAAAAUGAUUUGAAGUUUUUUAUAAGACAUGGUGUUGAGGGAAGCACUGAUGCCAAGGAUGAUUUAUGUCUCACUGAGUCUGAUAAAACAGAUGCCAGAAUGAGAGCUUAUAAGAAAAUAGUAGAAUUGAGACACCUUCUGGAAAUUGCUGAGAGCAACUAUAAACACUUGGGAGGGAUAACAGAAGAAGAUCUAAAGCAGAAGAAAGAACGGCUCAAGUCUGAAAGGACUGUCAAAGAGCUGCAGGACCAGCUGGAGUAUGAACGACUACGCAGAGAAAAAUUAGAAUGUCAGCUGGACGGGUAUCGAGCAGAGGUGGAUCAACUCAGGGAGACACUGGAAAAAAUUCAGGUCCCCAACUUUGUGGCUGUGGAAGAUGACUCUUCUUGUGAGUCAAGCAAAGAGAAGAGGCGAAUGAAGAAAAAGAUGUCUUCCGGGGGAGUUUUUGUGAGAAGAUACCAACUGGGUGUUCAACAAUUCACUUCUGACCCUAACUACCCAGGGUUAGUGUCUGACUCCACAGGUUAAGGGCUCAGUCUUACAAAACUGCCCCCACUUCAGACACCAUUCACAAGUUCCAGGUUGUCACUGGUAUUUCUGAUUGGUCAACUGUGUAUUUGGAGGUUCCUAAACCCCCUCCUCAAGUUCAGUAAUUCACUGGAAUGACUCACAGAACUCAAGAAAAUACUUUACUUACUAUUACCAGUUGAUUACAAAGAAUACAUCUCAGGAAGAGAUGCAUAGGGCAAGGUGUGGGAUGAGAGGUGCAUGGAGUUUCCAUGCCUUCUCUGGGUGUGCCACCCUCCUAGCACCUCUUUGUGUUUACCGGGUUGGCCAUUGGUGACUGAACUCAACCUGCAGGUCCUCUCUUUCCCUCGCCCCUCCAUGGAAGAAGUGGGAGUUGGGGCAAUCAUGCCUUGGUCUCUCUGGCAACCAGUCCCCAUUCUGAAGCUAUGUAGGAGCUCUCAGCCACCAGUCAUCUCAGCAUACAAAAGACAUUCAUCAAACUCCAGAGAUUCCAAGGCUUUUAGGACUGUGCCAGGAAACAAAAGAAGCUCCUAGUCAUCCCUAUCACUCAGGAAAUUACAAGAGUUUUAGGAGUUCUGUGCCAGGAACUGGGGACAAAGACCAAGUAUGUAUUUCUUAUGCCACAUUAUGUUAAUGAAAUACAGAAAUAGAAGUGAAGAUGUUAAAAAGAGAUAGAAGUAGAAAUUCUACGUUUUUUCCCAUGCCUCAGUAGAUUGUUUGUUCAUCUCUUGAAGUAGAGGACUCAACUUGGAGAUUAUUAGGGUGUUGAGUAAGAGCAUGAGAUUUGGAGUUAAAGUCUGUGUGACUUACCUGCUGUGUGACCUUGGCACGUUACUUCACUUAGCCUGUUUCCCCAGCUGUAAAAUGAGGAUAAUGCCACCUGCCUAAGAGGACUGCUGUGAAAAAUAGUGAGUUGAUAUAUAUUUUUAGCAUCUUCACUGCUGUAUAGUCAAUAGUAGGUAUUCUACAAAAUGACAAUCACUAAUUUCAGUGGUGGUGACCAUGGCCUUUCCACUGCCUCAUUUUUCUCUUUAUGUUAAAAAUAUUUAAAACUUUGAAACUUAAGGUGUUACAUAUCUAAAUUCUUAAAGAUUGACAAAAGGGGCAAUAUAAGCCUUGAAUUGUUUUUCAGAUAUGGUGAAGGGUUUUUACUGACUCUUGACUAGUCCUUAUAUAAUCUUGCCUCAUCUACAUUUUCACCAAGUAGUAUGAAUGGGCAAGUUAGGAUCUAGUCUAUGGCCGUAACCAAGGUGAAGGUAGCUAAUCCUCUUCGAGUCUUUUUACCUCCUACAGAAAACGCCCAAAAGGUUUCGUGUUCUCAGAAACUCAGUAUAAAUGAAAUGUUCUCAGCACACUCGUAAUAAAACAUUGAAAAUAUUUAAAAGUUUGGAUUAAGGUCAAUCUAUUCAUAUCAUUUAUUCCACAGGCAUUUAACAAGUACCUCAUAUAUGCCUAGAGGCCUUCUGGGAACUCACAGUUUAGUAUAGGAAACAGACAUACAUAUAUAACUGUACAACAAUAGCUGUUUUAUAGUAGGGUACAAGUUCUGGAAGAGGUGUAGUUUUGAGGCACACGGAAACACAAUCCUCUCAUCUUUUUUCAUUUCAGAUAUUUCCAUCCCCUAAACAAAAUCUAUCUAAACUUCAAAAUUACCACCAAAAUGAAGUCUCCAUGGAAAAGAUAUAGGAUCUAGAAGUAAUGGGAAUAGGGUACCGUGCGUAUAAUACUUCUAUUCUUCCAUUAUUGGAUGCAAAGCACUUCACAAGAUCUUUUUUAUCAAUAAUGGCUAUGAACUGGGAGUAUGCAUCUUUAUUUGUUGAGGUUUGAGGAGAUUCAAUAAGUGCCACCCCUCCUUCCCAUCAGGGUUGUGAACCUAAUUGAAAUGAAGGCUUAAAUAGUACCUUUGUUUGCUGAUAAAACUGGUAUUGAAGAAUAUGGUUUAUAUCUUUGGUCCAGUAAGUUUCCUAUCACUGAAACCCAGAAUUGGACAGACUUAUUCACUCUGUCCCAAGCAUCACUGUACUGGCAGGCCUCACCCUGCAGGGGCUGAGCCUGAUCCCGGAAGCAGAAGAGAAUGAAUGUUCUCUGUAGACAGGCUGGUCCCAAACAGGAGUGGGGAGGAAGUGGCUGGGCUACUUGGGCCUUGUUUCUCCUUUCACUUCACUUCACUUGGGGCAAUGUGGAUGAGGGGAGGAAGAGUGGUGACAAUAAUGUUAUACUAUUAGAACUUCCUUCACAUGGAGGAAAGAAGUGUUCCCUCUCAGUAUUUUAGCAUAUUUUAAAUUGUAACAAGCCAAUAACUUACUUAUUUGCGUACUGUCCAUCUUCUCCACUAAGGUUGUCAGUUCUAUGAGAACCAUCAUGUUCACCUCUGUGCACGUGGGGACUAGCAUGUUGUCUGGCACUUCGCGUGUAUUCUUAUUUAUUGAGUGAACAAAUGCACUGUAGAGUUUGUUACAAUGGGAACUUUUGGUUCUUAUUUAUUUUCCAAUAAAAAUUUAUCUAUGAUGUGGCAAGAGGAUUCUGAGAUAGACAUAAAUCAGAAUGUAACAGGAUAAUAUUAAAAUAGAGUUUUGUUUUGAAAACAA